CUCUCAGACUUCUCCUCUCCGUACAGUCAGAGUGAACUGCGGGGGCACACCGAGUGGAUUGCUGCAGUCCUCGACAGCGGAAAGAGCCUCAAAUAAGGAUUUUUUAUCGAGCUGUAUCGACUCACAACUCCCGCUUUUGUUUCAUUUUCGCCUACUCGGUUUUGGAAUUGGACAAACGGAACUUUUCGCCUGUGUGGAGUUUGGAGAGCCGUGUUUUUUCAGAUAUGGACAGUCGGCGACCCGCUGCAGGGAGCGACUGGCCGGGGUACACUCAGUAGUCACUGGAAUAAAACUGUAAACUCGCCGUCUGGACUUUUUACUGGAUGUUUGAUGAAGCGCUUCGCAAUAGCGGUCAGUUCUGGGACACCGUGGAUUUACCAGGUUCAGAAACGGAUAGAUACCCGUGAUUCCCGGUCGACGACGAGAAGGAUUUACGCUUCUAAAGUUGCAGGAAAAACAUGGAGACUGUAAGUCGGCAGAGCUUCCAGCCUCAUCCGGGACUGCAACAAACUCUGAAGCAGUUUCACCUCAGCUCUAUGAGCUCUCUUGGCGGACCGGCGGCUUUCUCUGCCCGGUGGCAACAUGAACUCCUCUUCAAGAAGGACGGUAAGGAGCCCGAGCCUGUUCUGCAGCAUCUGCCGCCACCGGUGAUGCCGGGUCCGCUCUUUAUCCCGUCGGACCGCUCCACGGAGAGGUGCGAGACGGUGCUGGAAAGCGAGACCAUCUCGUGCUUCGUGGUCGGUGGAGAGAAGCGACUGUGCCUGCCGCAGAUUCUCAACACGGUGCUGCGGGACUUCACCCUACAGCAGAUCAACUCGGUGUGCGACGACCUGCACAUCUACUGUUCCCGGUGCACGGCGGACCAGCUGGAGAUCCUGAAAGUCAUGGGGAUCCUGCCCUUCUCGGCGCCGUCCUGCGGCCUCAUCACUAAGACGGACGCUGAGCGGCUCUGCAACGCCCUGAUCUACGGAGGCGCCUACCCGCCGCGCUGCAAGAAGGAGCUGAGCGGAGGCUCGCUGGAGCUGGAGCUCACCGAGAGGAGCUUUAAAGUCUACCACGAGUGUUUCGGCAAGUGCAAGGGCUUGUUCGUGCCGGAGCUGUACACCAGCCCCAACGCAGCGUGCAUCCAGUGCAUGGACUGCAGGCUCAUGUACCCGACUCACAAGUUCGUGGUGCACAGUCACAAGGCACAAGAGAACAGGACUUGCCACUGGGGCUUCGACUCGGCCAACUGGAGGGCGUACAUCCUCUUGGGCCAGGAUUACUCUGGGAAAGAGGAGAAGGCCCGUCUGGAGCAGCUCCUGGACGAGAUCAAGGAGAAAUUUGACUUCGCCAACAAGUACAAGAGGAAAGCAUCAUCCAGGGCGUCUGAUCCCAUCCCGAUGAAAAAGUCCAAACAUGAAGACUUCCCAUCACAAUCCCUGCUGGCUGACAAAGAGAAGCAGCAUGACUGGCUACAGUCACUGUCCGCCUCCAAUAAGGGGCUUAACUGCAUUCAGCCCAGGCAGAGGCCCUCAGCAUUCAGACCCUGGUCCCCCCACAUCUCUGCUGGUGACAAGGAGCCCUCCAGUCACCCCCUGGCCCUGCUGAGAGACAGCUUCUACAACUACAAGAGCCUGGAGAAAGCUGUGGCCCCCAAUGUCGCCCUCGCCCCACUGCCCCUGGGAAAGGUGGGUCCUAUGUCCCCGUCGGUACCCAGCACUUCCCAUCCAAGCGGAGGUGAACCCCCAGGUGAGGGUGCCAAUGCCAACUCCAGGCCUCGCAAGAGAAGAGCCACUGGGGAGCUCCUGCCCCCGGUGCCAGAGGCCCCCUGCCCUCCGUCCUCAGCCGCCAACAAACCACCUCAACCGCCUCAGGACGACAAGGACUCUGAGGUGGAGAUCGAAGUGGAGAGCCGCGACGAAUUCACGUCAUCCCUUUCGUCCCUGUCGUCACCAUCUUUCACCUCGUCCAGCAGCUCAGCCAAGGACUUGAGCUCGCCAGGCGCCCAAGGGCCCAUCUGCACUGUCACGUCGGCCGAGGGCGCCACCCCUGCAGCUGCACCUGUCACAGCCCCCAUGACCCCUUCAGAGCUGGGGCUGGAGUCAGAGCUGGAGAGCCUGAGGCAGGCGCUGGACAGCGGCCUGGACUCCAAAGAAUCGAAGGAGAAGUUUCUGCAUGAAAUAGUUAAGAUGAGGGUGAAGCAGGAGGAGAAGUUGGGAUCGGCCUUGCAGGCCAAACGCAGCCUCCAGCAGGAGUUGGAGUUUUUACGGGUGGCCAAGAAGGAGAAACUGCGGGAGGCGACCGAGGCAAAGCGUAACCUGAGGAAGGAAAUCGAGCGCCUGCGAGCUGAGAGCGAGAAAAAGAUGAAGGAAGCCAAUGAGUCGCGGAUCCGUCUGAAGCGGGAGCUGGAGCAGGCCCGACAGCUGAGAGUCUGUGAUAAAGGCUGCGAGGCCGGUCGUCUUCGUGCAAAAUACUCGGCACAGAUCGAGGACCUCCAGAUGAAGCUGCAGCACGCAGAGGCCGACCGUGAGCAGCUCCGAGCCGACCUGCUACAGGAGCGGGAGGCCAGAGAGCACCUGGAGAGGGUGGUAAAGGAGCUACAGCAGCAACUCUGGCCCAAAUCCAACGGUGACAAGGAGGGGACACCCAAGGAUUCGCCAGCUGACAACUAACUCAGCAGUCAACCUCACCGCCCGACCAUUCCCCCCCGCUCCCAUCGCUACGAUCCCCAACAUCUUCUGCCCAAUUCCGACCAUAAACACACCCAGUCCUGGGCUGGUAACAUUGUACCACUGUCCAUCACGCUCGCCCUCCAGGACACAAAGAUAAAAGACUCUCUUCCACUAACCAGAGACAGAGAAGAAACAAGGACCUGUGUCCUUUUCUGCGUCCAUGCAAAGUCAAGUGAGCGGUUUCCUUGGAGAAUGACUAGAAACAGCAAAGUCCAAUUCUGCAACAAGAAACAGGUGUUUCUAAAUCAAGCACUGACUCGCACCUUCAAAAACUGGAUCUCAAGAAAGAAAGAAAAACAUGUAUAGCACAAAUUGUUGCUGUGCCUGUAUUUUCUCUGACAAGAAAAUGAGACUUUUGGACAGACAUCUGAGAGGCCGAAAGAUGAUCAUGUUAUAUUACAGUUAUACAGCAUUUGAGAGGUGCUACAGUGGUGUGUCCAGGAGGGCAGCGCUCACACCUAAAUACACAGUCCCUGAAAAAGUCUCUACCACCGCCCCCUGCCGUGACGAAGACCGAGGAUUUUGAAGACAUUCUAAGCUAUUUAAGAGACUACAUAGCAACAUGUAAAGAAAAAAAAGACAGUUUCUUUGUUUCUCUGUGCUAUUGAAGUUUGAACAUAUAAAAGAUACAAAUAAAUCAAAAGAUGAACAAAACAAGCAAAUGAACUUUCCACAGUGCCACCGUGGUUUUGUUGGUUUUUCAGGAAGCCAUUGCAGUCCACUGAGGGGGAAAGCAUCAAGUCUAAAGUUCAAGCGACCUGUCUUUUCCUCCCAUUGUUGUUUUAUAAAAUCAGAUCUUUCUCAUUUCUCCAAGCAGUGGGUGGGCUUGCAUUUUCUCUCUUUGGAUCAAACCCGGAAUUGGAAAUAAAAACAUGCCGUCUUAAAGGCACCUUUGUAGUGAGCACUUGUUCUGGAUGAUCAAUAACAAUAUCCAACAGUCUCAGUGUUGCUCCCGCUAAGUCACACUCUGGUUGCCAUGUGUUAAUUUAAGCAUUUGGGUUACAACCCUGAAGUCUGUAUCUUGUAAAGAUAGUCCAGAUAUUUUCUGCUCUUGUAACACUUGAGGGUUAAAAGCCGGCAUGUUUUUACUCUGAUUGGCAUCAGAAGCAUCAUCUAUGACAGCGGGGUUAGGGUUAGUGGGCUGGAUGGAGCACCCUUGGCAAGAACCACAAAAUGUUCAUUUUAAUUAAAUUAAGGUAUGUAAAUGUAAAUAUAUGUUGUUGGGUUCUUUUUUUCUUUAUUUUUUUUUUACUUUACAAUAAUGAAUCGCACUUUGUCAUAACAAAAAUACUGUUAUAAUGCAUUGUACUCCCACUAUUGUCUUCAAUCUUACUUUGAAAACAUCAUCGUAUACAUGAUUGCUACCAUAUACCCAGUAAGCAUUUUGUUGAUUAUAUGCAUCUCGAAUAAAUACUGUUGUUCUGUUUUCUUAAGGCAAAGUCUUGUAAAUAAAUGGAAAGAAAAAAGGCUCUACCUGUUGCUUGCUGAUACAGUCGGGGAUUGUUGGAAAGUUUUUGGUAAAAGCACUCUCCCAUUUUUGUAAUAUAAUUGACACAACUCACAGCAAAUUUGACACAACGUCAUUAACAGCAUGCGUCAGUGAGGGGAACUGUUGUCAGAGCCUGGACAAAAAGUCACAUGUCCAAAGGCUAAAAUCCGAUUUUAUUCAAAAGGCAGAAGUCUGCUGUCACACAGUGGGUACAAUGCAAUCAGAAUGUACAUUGUGUUAAUGCUAUUUUUCCUUUGGUUGUUGAUGUUGUUUUUAAACGUGGAGAUAUUUUAUUGCUCGUUUGUUAUGUUCACUGUUUUCAAUUGAAAACUCAUAUUUUCUUUAUGCAUGAAAUUUGAGUUUGCCAUACAUAUAGUCAGUUGUUGGGCAUUGAUACUGUACAUGUAAAGGUUUUAUUGUGUUAUGCAAUAUAAAGCAAUUUGUCUUAUUUAGAAGAGGAAAAGGUAAUCAAAAAAACAGUAUAUUGCUCUUAAGAAAAGAAAAAAAACUUCACACUUGCAAAAAACAAAAGAGAAGAAAAAAAGUCAAUGCAAUGCUGGACAACCUCAAGUGCCUAGACGUGGGCAAAAGGUUUCCAGAAUAGGAAAACUGAUGAUGAAGCUGUUGGGGCUGGGCCUCUCAUCAACUUCCUGUUUGCAGGUUUCAAAUUAAAAGCCCCUCCCUUGCUCAGCAGCUCUUUUUAUCAGUAUUCUUAAAAGCAACCAGUUUACAAACUUUCUUUUUCAGUGCAGAGAACAAUUGAACAAAUACUAGACGCUUAAGGCUUUUUUUUCUGAAUGAGUGCUUUUUUUUUUUCCUUUAUUUGAAAUCGACGAUAUGCAUGUUCAAACAAUUUUUAUAGAAGAUCUUGAAAAGCCACUUGCUUCGGUGAAUUGUUACUUUGGGUUGUAUAUAAAGACUGUUUAUUCCCAGUUAUUUGAGGAUAAUAAAGAGGGCAUUAUGUUCAAAGCCCUUUUCUUAUCUGACCUUAUUGAUGUUGCUCAGAGAAUGACUCUGCGUCUGCAACUUUGGCAGACCUAAAAUUGGUACAUUUUGUAGUUGUUUUUACACUCAAAAGAGUUGAUAGCCUAUGUGUAGUUUACUUUACUCAUGGUUUUCUACAAAAGAAGGGAGACAAUAACGACAUUGGCUCUUCAUUCUCCCGUGCAAACGAAAAAAAACAGUUUAACAGCGUCUUGUUUUCUAAAGGAAAAUCAUUUUGCUAAAUAAUGGACAGUAAAGCAGCAAUAACAGUCCAUAUUAAUAGACAAAUACUAGCCAGUGUGAAGAUUUGAAUAAGAAUUUACAAAUGUAAAUAUUUUUUUCAUUUACAAUAUUGUAUAAUAUAUGUACAUGGUGUUUUCCUUUUUCAAAAAGAAAUCUUUUCUUACAAUAGCUGUCUUGUUUUUUUUUUUUGUUUUUUUUUUAAAUUUGUGUUUUAACUGAGAUGUUUCAAAAACAGCAGUGCGUAAGAGGAUAUUCCCUACAUAAACAUUUUAAUCCAUUUCUUUUCUUUUUUUUACUGUAGAGUCUUUAUAUUGAAUGACUUUUUUCACCAGUUCAUAUAUAUUUUUCACAGUAUGUUCAGUAUCAGAUAGCAGACCCACCGUAUGGGUCACACACACACGACUACGCCACCUUGCAGAUUGUUUCCUCCUCAUCCUCAUGUAUCUUUUUAGCCCUGUGCUGCUGCUAAUACUAUAUAAACCUUACAGUUCUAGAAAUAUUUUUAUGUAAGAGGUAAAUGUAAGCUUUUCCAUUCAUUAAUGCCACAUAUACAGUAUGAAACAAAGCUUGGCUUAUUCAUCUAUCUUCCUUGUUUUCCUUCAUCUUUUCACGCCUUUUUCCUCAUCCCUCCUCCAACUACACUCCCCACCCCCCUCUUCUCUCACGACACGGACUAUAUUGUAAAGUAAAGGACUUUAUGAGAUUAUGUUUGAAAAUAGCUAUGCUUAUAUACUACAGUGACUGAAUGUACAGUGUAUAGAUGCAUUACCAGAAAUAAAGUUGUUUGUCCAGA